ACAGCUCGCGUCACCGGCGCCAUGUUGUCUGGUUUGCGGAAGUGCGUGACGUCACGCCGCGGGGAAGGCCCGGGAGCCCCCCCAUUGACUGCCUCCGAACGCAUUUUAACCUCUUCCCCCCCAGAUGGCGCCGCCCGAUGGCUCCAAGCAGUACGGUCUUGCACGCUGCUCGUGAUCGGGUGGCCGCCGCUGCACAAUCAGGGACUUGCAAUGAGGUGCUAGAGCCUUGGUUCGCUUUUGCAAAGUGACUUGACCUAAAUGGCGCAGCAUGACUUUGCUCCAGCCUGGCUUAAUUUCCCUACACCGCCACCCUCCACAAAGACCUUUUUAGGCAGUGACAAACAUUCUGACAAUGGGGCACAUCCAGACAGCCGCUACAGCGUGACCCGUAGACGUCACAACUCGUCUGAUGCAUUUGAUGCUUCUCUUGGUCGUUCAAAUGGAGGUAAUUUUGGAAGAAAAGAAAAGAAUGGGUGGCGCUCACAGGGCAGGAACGGAUCGGAGAACGUAAAUCAUAGCGGUACAUUUAAUGGUACGGGCUCCCGCUCUCGAAGUAGCACAUUCCAUGGAAGUAAAACCCAUGGACAUCGCGAAGGUAGCUCUUUAGAGAAUGAAGCAACACGAAAAGAAGAUCGUGAAAGACGCAAGCAAUUUGAAGCUGAAGAUUUUCCUUCUCUAAACCCUGAGCAUGACAAAGAAGUGAACCAAAAUAAGUCUCUCUCUGCUGGAGUGUGGGAAUACCCCUUGAAUUCUAAAUCUAGAAGUUCUCGAAUGCUGGUCAUAAGAAAAGGGAUGAAAGAUGAUUUCUCAUUUUCUGGGUAUCCGAUUACAACAAGUACCCGCAUUCCACCAGCGAAGAAUGGGAUGGACAACUCUAAGGAUCUAGAAACUAAAGAUUCUAGUCCUACAAAGGGGAACAGUAAUGCACUAUUGGACGAGAACAAGAUUGGAAGUUCUAGUGAAACCUUCAGGCCAAAUAGAACUGUACAUAGUGACUUGACAGAUGCAUCUCAGACUUCAGUGCAAGAGGAGGUUGAUUCUUCCAGUUUUUCUAAUAGAAUAAACAUUUGUCAGGAACGUGACAUUAACUUGAAUUUUGAUCAGAUUGAAAUCCCUCAAGGGAUCGGAAAUUCCUUCACUUCCAGACAAAUUACACGGUCUUCUACUUUCCCUCAGGAGGUUGUUCUAUCAAGUUCACUGGAAGCAGAGCACAGGUUGUUGAAGGAGAUGGGCUGGCAGGAAGACAGUGAAAACGAUGAGACGUAUGCACCAUUAACAGAAGAUGAGAUGAGGGAGUUCCAGGUGAUAAGUCAGCAGCUGCAGAAGAAUGGGCUGAGGAAGAGUAGUCUCCUGAAAAACGGGCUUUCAUUUGAAUUAAAAUUCGAUCCCUGGAGAAACAGUACUUUCACAACCACAGAUGAAAACGAUGACACGGAGACCAGCAGCACUGACACAUCAGAUGACGAUUUCUGAGGACCCGGCUGACCAGUCUGAACUUGUCUUUUUUGGACGAUAAUUGUGAACACAAUAAAAUCAUUUUGCUGUCGUUCAGAGCUCAUCCUAUCACUGCGCUUCUACAUGGAAAUUGUUUUGCUGGUGCUCUCUCUCUCUGUCUCUGCAUAUUGGUAAUGGACACUGUAGAUGUUGGAGGAUUUUGAUUGGCUCAGCGUCUAUUUCCUCUUGGCAGCCUCUCACUAAAUGGCAAUGUGAUCGUGUAACAAAGGGAACUUCCUUUAACGAAGAAAUCCAAUUGUAUAGUAUUUUGCCAAGGUUUUUGUUAACUACAUCUUCAAAACAAACAAAAAAAUAAGCACUUUAAUGACAAUACUUUGUUCUGUUUUCUUCCACUGCAGUCUCAUACAAAUGAUGUAGCAUGUGUAGUAGAACCUUUUUUUUUUUUUGAGGCCUUGAACAUUUUUUUCUUUUUUUUUCUCCAAUUUCACAGGUUUAAUGCAUUGUUUUCAUUGUUUCACUAUCAAAGUUUUAUUUGGGUAUCUGUGGAGCCUGGCAUUGGUGAAGUGACAUGGACUAAACUCUGUUCAAAAUAAACCUAUUUUGAUAUAA